AUGUCCCGUCUACGGUCAAUCACAUGUUUCGGAGAGUGGAAGGCAUUUUUUGUUUGUGACAAGAUGAGGUUGCUACGAGUGCUGGACCUGGAAGACGCAACCGGUCUACAUGAUCAUCACCUUAAGCACAUCGGGAAGUUUCUUCACCUAAGAUACCUUUCUCUAAGAGGAUGUGAUAUUGUUCACCUUCCAGAUUCAUUGGGCAACCUGAGACAGCUUGAGACACUAGACAUUAGAGGUACCAAAAUAAUGAUGCUGCCAAAGUCAAUCGUCAAGCUACGGAAGCUAAACAAUCUUCGUGCUGGGAGGAUUCUGCUGGAUGAGGAUGCCUCACUAGAACUGAUAGAGGAUUAUUUGCCAGAGGUAUUGAAGAACGGGCCAUGCAAUUUAUUUUUCUGGAUGGUGUUAUCUUGUUAUGCCUGUUUACUGUCUUCCAAUGAUACUGACCUGAGCCACCGAGCUAUAUGCACUUUGUUCUGCUGCUCCAUAUUCCCUGCUGCGUUGAUGCGCCUGGAACUAAAUGGGGUUCUAGUGCCAAGAGGAAUGAGGAAACUAGAAGCCCUGCGUACACUGGGUGUUGUGAACAUUGGGCGACGGGGAAAGGAUGUUGUAAAGGACAUAAAACGGCUUGUUCGUCUGCGUAAGUUGGGAGUGACCGGCAUCAAUAAGAGAAACGGGCAAGAGCUAUGUUCUGCAGUUGUUGGCCUGAGCCGUCUGGAAUCAUUGUUGAUACGGUCAGAGGGGGAGCCAGGUUUAUGUGGCUGCUUGGAGGGAAAGUUCACGUUUCCAGAGACACUGCAGAGCCUCAAGUUGUAG